AUGCCAUCACAUCUUUCCGCUCUCGGCCGUGAUAAUUUCAGAUAUGAGUGUUUAAACAACACUUUUAAGCAUCUCUUGUAUAGGUUGAAGUUAGGUCUGGUGGGAUUUUCGUUUGGUGAUUUUGGUUGUGUUGUUCGGUUUCGUGAAGUUGCAAACGACAUAGUUUGGAGAGUGAAGCCUGGUCCUGAGGACAGGCUCCUUGCUGAUGCUAUCAAAUAUGGUAACGCGAUGAGAUGGAAACCAGAACCUAUGCAGGCGGCUAGUGCUGAGAUUGAUCAACCAAAUGAUCUCUCCUCCUUCUCCAUUGGCUCAACGGCUAAAAGGGCUAGUCUCUUUGGAGCUGGCUCUUCCGGAGCCAAAAGGAAAGGGGUGAAGCCUAGAAGAAGACCUUAG